AUGGGCUGGAAGAUAAAACCAAAAACAACCUUGGAAUGCCAAAUUACGAUUUGCGGUCUGACACUCACCAACGGUCAAGGUUCCGUCGUCAAGAAUUUUGCCAUCAUCGUCGUACCUGGCAAUGAGGAUGUGAAACUCAAAAGCCACUCCACCAUUCCGCAGCAGUACCAGCAAGAAAAAGUCCCGUUGUUCUAUCCAAAUGGCUCUACUCUUCCGGAGGCACCGAUGCAACUUCUUCAAGUCCAGACUUCCACUGCGUAA